AUGCGGUUCCCUCACACCGCGCCAAAACGCCGCGGCGUUAAGUCCUUUCAGAUUGGUGUAUCCUUUCUGUUCGCCCAGAUUGCCGCCGGCAAGACAACACCCUGCUCCAAGGAGAAUUACUCCUUCCCCAACCUACAUGGUGCUCAACUAUUGUCGAUCACUACUUCGACCCUGAAUGGCUUCAAACCUCAGGCUGGAUUCUUACCGGAAGCUACUCUGGUCACUGAGGAUGGUGUGCAGGCUUGUAAUGUGACGAUAUCAUACACGCAUCCCGGUCACAACGACGAUGUCACUGUACAGCUUUGGCUACCAACGUCCAACUACAUUGGACGCUACGUUGGCGUUGGAGGAGGCGGUUGGUCCGCUGGAGAGAUGGGUGCCGACAUCAGAUCCGCCCUAGCGUCACAGGGGUAUGCAGUCGCAACCACGAACGCGGGCUACAACCACAACAUGUUUGCAACUGCCGAUACCUGGCUCAUGAAAAACCCAGGAAACUUGGAGUAUCCCUUGGUCGUCAACUUUGGACACCGAGCUCUCCACGACAUGACCGUCAUAUCCAAGCACAUCAUCCGUGAAGCCUACGGGUCACUUCCCAAGUUCUCUUACUGGCAGGGUUGCUCAACUGGUGGCAGGCAGGGUCUGACAAUUGCUCAGAGAUAUCCCGAAGACUACGAUGGCCUCCUAACAAGCUGUCCAGCAGUCAGAUUCUCGGCGCUUUUGGUGGCGAUGUACUGGCCGCAAUUCAUCAUGAACCAGAAAGGCAUCUACCCUAAGGCAUGCGAGUUUGAGGCGAUUGUGGCUGCGUUGGCCGAUCCUUGCGGUAAAACUGCAGAUGUUGAAUCCUGCGAUUUUGAUGUCGCAGCCUUGAUCGGAACUACCGUCGACUGCGAAGGAAAGUCAACGACCAUUUCGAGCACGGCUGUGGAGGUGUACAAGGCAUUGCUUGAAGGCCCAGUUGACCUCGAAGGAAACCAGCUCUUCCCGGGCGUCACAGUUGGCACCGCAGUUACCGGUAUGAUGUCGAUCGCCAACACUCACUGUGAAGGAGAAACUUGCUCCGGUGGACGGCCUUUCACAAUCGCCGACGACUGGAUCCGACUCAUGGUGAGGAAAGACCCAUCAUUUGACCCGACGAAGAUGACGCAUGCCGAGUACGUUCAAAUCUUCUGGGAUAGUGUCAAUGAAUGGGACCGUAUGUUCAGCAGCAACAACCCCGACCUUCAGCGGUUCCGUCAACUGGGCAAGAAGAUGAUCAGUUGGCAUUCUGUGAAUGAUGAGGCUGUCCCUGUCAAGGCUAUGCGGCAAUACUACGAUCGUGUUCUGGCUCUCGACAGCUCUCGUAAUGUCUCGACUCAAGACUAUUACCGCUAUUUCGAGGUCCCCGGAGCCACGCACUGCGUAGCACCUUCUGGAGUUCCGUACCCACUGAAGGCACUUGAUACUCUGAGAUCAUGGGUUGAGGAUGGGACCGCCCCCGAAAGCCUGCCUGCAGUCGCUCUCGGAACGGAAAAGGUCGAGACGAAGUCUGAACCGCCUAUUUGCGUCUAUCCUAACAAACCGCUGUCCGUGAAGAAUGGAUAUUCAUGUGGAAAGCCUGCAGUGGUGGCGAAUGGAGAAGGCAAACAUGUCAAAGACGAGCUAUGA